UCUAGGUUGAAUUCACACCGAACUGGAAUGUGCGAGACGAAGAAGACCGGUGUCGAUCAUAUUUCUGAGUUACCGGAUCACCUUCUCCAUCGCAUCGUCUGUAAGCUCCCCCUCGAAGAAGCCGCCCGCACCACCGUCCUCGGCAAGCCAUGGCGUAGCUCCUGGCAUUCCUUUCUCAUCUCCGACUUCGACGGUGAACCUUUCUUCGGCAUUAAUUCAUACACCGAUCCAGUCUUUCCUUUCGUCAAUAAGCAUCUCCAAACACUAUGCAACCAACAGAGGUUUUGUCUGCAAAUAUUUAAAUUAUGCGUCAAGUAUUAUCACUCCCAACUGCUCGAUUAUCUCGAUGAUUUGGUUAACUUGGCCUCAGCUCACAAUGUUAAUCAUCUUCAUCUGACUCUACCAAUACACGAUCUUCUUUCUGUUUCCAUUCUUGGCAUCUAUGCUCAUUCUCUCCAAGUUCUAAAGCUUAGUGGAGGUCAGUUGAGGGAGCCUGAACAUUACUCCAUUGAUUCCCUGAAAUUUCCUUUACUUGAAACAGCUCCACCUCCAGGAAAUAGAUUCACCUGAAAACCUUCUUAUGAGUCUCAUCAAUUCCUGCCCGUUACUUGAACAACUUUCUAUAAUCAGAUGUCCCGACUUGUUAACUCUUCGAAUCUGCGGUUUGGCAAAGCUCAAAUCCCUUAAACUUG